ACAGAUUUUAAUCAGGAUUUGCAUAAAGCUACAGCAAAUCUUCGAAGCAAUUGUUUUGCGUAGUUUUUAGCCAAUUUUACCGUGAUUUUUGCGAUAUGAACGUGGCUGUUGUCCUUCUCGAUGGCGGGCAGUUUCAAGUCGAAAAUUUGAGGAAGGAUACAUUGGGCAAAGAGAUCUUCAAAAAUGCUUGCAACAAGAUUGGUUUAACAGAUGAAACAGAUUACUUUGGACUUCGUUACUUGAACAAAAAAGAUGCAGAGUUUCAAUGGUUGGACAAUGAAAGAUCAAUUAAGUCACAACUUGGAAAAGAAGUAAAUGACAAUGUGACACAUUUUUUACAUUUUGCUGUGAAGUUCUUUCCUGUGAAUCCAACAAAUAUAAAAAAUGAUUUAACAAGAUAUCAGUUUGUGCUGCAGCUGAGGGAAUCGCUACUAAAUGGAAGGUUGGAAUGCUCUACACCCAUAUAUGCGUUGCUUGGAUCGUUCAUUGCACAAGCUGAGUUCGGUGAUUAUGACUCUCCAGAUAUUUCCGAGAAUUAUUUAGAAGACUUUAAAGUUUGCCCUAAUCAACCACCUGAGCUCAUAGAGAAAGUCCGGGAUUACCACAAAAGGCACAAAAACAUGACUCCUGAAGUGGCUGAACUGAAUUUCCUCGACAAUGUUCGGAAGUUACCAUUCUAUGGAAUACACAGACAUCUAGCUUUGGAUGUAAACUGUGAAAAAGUAUUUAUUGGUGUCUCUAAUAUUGGUGUAACUGUCUAUCGUGGUAAUAGUCUUAUGUCAACUUUCGUUUGGCCCCAAAUACUUAGCAUUGGUUUUAAAAGCAAGAAGUUUUAUAUAAAGAUUAAACCAGCUGAUGAGGACGAUGAUUUUUGCAAGACGAGUGUCGGUUUCAAGCUCUCAGAUCGCGUUGCGGCGAAACGGCUCUGGAGGAUUUGUGUUGAACAUCACACGUUCUUUAGGUUGGAAAAUGUUGGUCUGGCCGAGAAGAAAGGUUGGCUGUCUCGUUUUGGAUCACGAUUUAGUUACAGGGGAAAGACGGAACAUGAAAUCCUGAAAGAAGACCCGAAACCAACCGAAGAACCCUUUAUUAGAGUGUCCAGUAAAAGAUUCUCUGAAAGAGUUUUGAAAGGAAAUCGUAAGCAACCGCAGGACACAAAGAACGAAGGCCAGGAUUCGCCCAGGAUUGUAACGAGGUCUGAGCAGGAUAUUCCCCAAUCCGUGCCUGCGAUAGAGGUUUCUUCGGAGGCAGCGGUCCCCUCGACGUCAAAUGUCGACGUGGGGAGCACAUCCGAGGCGACGGGCGGUAACGGAGGUGAAAAAGUUCCGGAAAUAAAAGUCGUUCAUCCUUCGCCAGAAAUGAAGACGAAAUCCAAACAGGAGGAAGACGAUGAUGAAGAGGUGGAAACACCAAGUGAAAGGACGGAAGAAAAAGUGGAAGAAACGGUGGAGGAAACGGUGGAUAAAGAAGAGGAAAAUAAACAAAAUGAACCCGCCGCCACAGAUGACAGUCCAGAGGAGAUCAUUGUCAUCUCAAACCCGCUUGCUGGAGGCGAAGUCAAAUCUUUCACCUCUGAAUCCAUCACUACCACUGUUGUUAGUACCACAGAAUCCUCCGACAUCCCAGCAGACGAGAUCGUCAGCUCAUCAACUGUGAUAAGUAGCACACAAGUUACAACAGAAACGACGCAGCAGGUCGUCACAACUACAACGACGUCGGAGACUGUCGUCCAAACUACCGAAGAUGAUUAUGAUAUUGGUUUGGUUUAGUUAUAUAUACUAGGCCUCCUUUACUGUUGAAGGUCACUGUCGAAACACAUCCAGAAAUGCAUGGCAUCGUAUAGGCACGGUGUUAGUUUUUUCAUCUACGUGGUUUAAAGUAGCUAUACCCGUGUUUAUGCUAACUUUCUCCUAUUUUACCAUAUUUUACUCAGUGAUUUUAAUCAAAUUGUAACUCAAAUAUCUUUUAUAUAAAUGCAUAUAUAAUCAUAUAUAUUGUAACAGUUUGAACCUUGUGUAAAAAGAAAGUUUUAAAUAGUUACACCAAUACUACUGUACU